AAGACCAAGCAAAGUGUGGGAAGUCCUCAAUGACCUUAAAAAAACACAAAUCUUUGUUAAAACCCAUUUUCUUGGUGCUUUCCUUGAACUUAGUUCAAUUGAAUUCUCUUCAAAAGCUGAAACUUUAGAGUUAAGAAAAAACAAAGUUUAGGAAGACAGAUCAGAGAGAUGGAGUGGUGUGUGGGUUUUAAUGAUAAAGAAAUUUAUGUAAGUUUUGUUGUAUUCAAGCCAAUGGUAUUGGUCGUUGAUGAUUUUGUUGAAGCUCUGAAACAAUUCUCCUUCUCCACCAAUAAUCUUGGUUGUAUUCAGAAUUGUGUUCUCAAGAGCAUCCAUGGAAAUAUGAUCAUAUGGUGUGGAAUUUGGGCAAAGAGGUCAAUUCAAAGCCCACAAUUAUUAUCCGAAAGACUUCUUCAAACCGUAAUAUCAAAAACUUCAAAUAUGGCAACCUUGUUAGAUCUUAGCUUCUUCGAAGCAUAUGGUGGAGAAUCCAUGGAUGGUUCUUGUGUUGCAAAAUUUACAAGUAGAAGCAUCAUAUCAAUGAUUUCAAUAGCUGCAAAAUGUGGUGAUAUAAAUGAUCUUUCCUACGCUUGCUUGGUAAUAUUCAAGUCUCGAUUUCGAAAGAUCGAAGGAAUAAACUCUGGAAUUUGCUUGAAAUCUCAAAAUAGGCCAACAGUUGUUUCACUCUAUGUUUGGAAUUCUCCUUUUUAUUGUUACUCAUGGAUCUUGAAUUCAGAUCAUUUGAACUCAAUGUUACCUUACCUUGAUCGUUUUUCACUUUGUAUUAAAUAUGAUAUAUAUCAAGUGGUGAACGUGAGUGAUGCAAAUGUAUCUAAAUUUAAGGAUUUAGAUAAUCCUGAAGAGAGGGGAAACAAGUGCAAAUCUUUUGAUUUGAAAUAAAGAAAAGAAGGUUACUAGAAUAGUAGAUUUUUCCUGUGGUGAUAUCUCUCUGUUUUCCCUUUUUGGGUACAUAUGUAGCUAGAAUCUAUGGUUCAAAUUAUGUCAUCUUUAUCUUUCAAGAUUUGGAAGUUUUUCUUCUUCUCACAAUUUCUUACGAUAUGACUCAACUUAGAUUUUUUCACCCUUUUUAAAGAGAAAAGAUUUGGAAGGCUUCUCCAAGAAUUUAUAGUGUGUUUGGCACACCAAUGUAAGAUGAGUUGAGUUGGUAUAAUGUAUAAAUUCAUUGUUUUUGCACA